AUGGUCAAGGCCCUUACGAAAGUCGUCUACAAGCCCGACACCCAGUCAACCGAUGAAUUCAUCGCCAUCGUUAACCCCGCUGAGUACAAGAAAUGGAAAGAAGGUAUGAGCAUCGCUCUCUCUGAAGUCGUAGACUCGUUUGACGUCUUCCACUCGAACCAGGGAUCGCAAGGUCUCCUCGGUAAACCCUCGAAUCAACAACUUGACACUGUCUUUGGCACGCACAAGGACGUUGAUGUCAUUAUGCAAGUGCUUGAGAAGGGCAGGGAGCAAGCAAGCGAGGGCUUUGGCUCAGGCAUGUUCAACCCCAACCAGACAAGAGGAAGUGCUGUUGUGGACAGCAGGGGUAGAGGCCUCACUGGCAUUUAA